GCCAUCACAGUCAUCUCGCCCUCUUCCAUCCAUCACCGUCCUCUCGCUGAGAACUUGCGUCUCCAUUCCCGUCUCGCCGCCGCCGCUCCUCGCGCCUAGGGUUCCUGGAUCGCGUCGCUCUGCUCCAAUCUUCUGCCUGCGGAAGCUGCUGCAAGUCUCCUGAUCGCGCUCGAACGUCGGGAUCCGUGUCCCGGGAUCCCGGCCGCCGCCGCCGCCGCCGCCUUUGUGAUCUCGCCGCUGAGCAGGAACGAACUGAGGAGAUGGCAAUCGGGCGGGAGCUGACCGACGACCUCAUCGCGGACAUCCUGCGCCGCCUCCCGCCGCGCGGCCUGGCCGUGUCCCGGUGCGUCUGCAGGGCGUGGCGCGACCUCAUCGACGCGCGCCGGCUGCUGCGCGCUGACCUGCUCCCGCGCUCCGUGGGCGGCAUCUUCAUGAACUACACCGUGCUCUAUUACCCGGAGUUCUUCUCCCGCCCCACGACGGGCCCCUCGAUCUCCGGCCACCUCAAUUUCAUCCCUGGGUUCUCUAAGGUCGUGGACCACUGCAACGGCCUCUUGCUUUGCACGGAGACCACGGACGACCGUGACUACGUCUCCAACCCGGCGACGCGGCAGUGGGCACGGCUGCCCCCGCGCCCAACCUCGCAGAUGGGGGACGCCUUUGACCCCAUCAAAUGCCUCGUGUAUGAUCCCACGGUGUCGCCACACUACAAGGUGCUCUUGAUCCCUUCCCUCCCUGAUGAGCCCAAGUCAAUGCUUGACUCGGAGAUGAAGCGAUCCGAAUGGCCACCGUCAUCAUACGCACUGCAAGUGUUUUCAUCAAGAACUGGGUGCUGGGAGGAGAGGUGCUUUGCUCUUGAAGGAGAGCGCUGCAAGGAGAGGUUGUUUGUUUCCGAAGGAGGGCAUAUGGUUCAAACCAUCGCUGACAUGAAAGUCUAUUGGCGGGGAGCGCUCUACGUGCUCUGCAAAAUUGAUUUUAUUCUGAGGAUAUCCAUGUCAAAUGCAAAGUACAGAUUGGUUCCGAUGCCAUCAGACACUGAAUUUAAGCGCUAUGGAUGCCUUAGUUUGGGAAGAUCAGAGAAGGGGGUAUAUUGUGCAUUUGAGCAUGAUUGGCGAGGACUUCGAAUUUUUUACCUGAAUGAAUCAAGCGAUCAAGUGGGAUGGGAACUGAAGCAUAUUGUUGAUUUUACGUCCUUUGCUCGUAAGUUUCAUGCACGUGGGGACUACAGUGAGCAACUUAAAGGACCUUGGAUAUUACAGGAUAUCAACUGUUACAAACAUCCUUAUGACAAUGAUGAACACAAAGAGAUAGUAGAAGACAACUUUGAAUGGAACUCGGACAAUGAUAAUGUUCUCAACACAGAGGAUAUGGUUGAAGGGUUCUAUGAGGGAUAUACCGCUUUUAUUGGGUUUCAUCCAUACAAAGAGAUUGUAUUCUUGAAUGCAGCUUUGAGGAGAGCAGUAGCUUAUCAUUGGAAUACCUCGAAGUUUCAGGAUUUGGGCAACAUAUAUCCAAAAGAUUACCUUGAAGUUGCUCAGCAUUGCACACAAUUAGAGACCUCCUUCAUAUACACACCAUGCUGGAUGGAAGAUUUCCCACAAAAUAAUUUGGAAUCAUGGAUUGAAGAUUAGGGCAAAUGUGUGCAACCUGUGGUAGCAAUGUAUGUAGGACAGCAUAUUAAUGGUUGAGUCUGUCUCUCUAGUUUAUGUCUUAUGUCAAUAUACUGGGAAAUAAUCUGAGUGCUCAUCUUCAUUUUCACUUUUUUUUUUCUUUGCUUUAUCAUUUGUUUUAGAUCUCUGUAAUAGUGCCAUCAGUUUGUAAAAUGUGCCAAGAUACACAAAUCAAACGUUUUACCUUUGUUCUCCUUUUUGUUCGGUUAUAACUAGAGAUUACUUGAA